AUGGCAUCUGACGCCCCUCGGUUUCCUGAACUUGUGUCGCAGAUCAUUAUCGUCUCGACUCUACUCCAUCACGCCGUCCUUGUCACCAGCCCCCCCAGGCUCAAAGAGGCUCAAAUCUAUCUCUCCGACGUAUGGAAUGCUCUCGCGUUCCUCCUGGGCCUUGGGGGCACCGAUGACCGGGCCGCUCACGAGGAGGAGGUGGCUGUCGCAGGAACCGUAGAAGCGGGGGCCAUAACUGUGUUUAUAUCCCGCAACACCGGCUCGCGCGAAGAUGGCGCCUCGCCACAAGUGUUCAGUUCUCGUGACCCCGAACGAGGUUGGACCCUUCUAAACCGGUCAUACGUUUCGAUAAAGAGAGGCGCUUUGAACUUUGAGGCCCACAUUCAAGACGUUCUCCAUGUCAUCCGGUACUUUUCCGCCCCCCCGGAACGUCGCUAUGAGGGCUUGGCCAUUCGUUGUCUCUUUACGUUCAUCGUCGUAUUUUCCUACUCCGAGCUCCUUUCUCGCAUUGAAGACGGCGACAAGUUGUGGAUCCACAAGAGCACGGACGCGGAGAGCCGAGGCGAGGAGUCUACACAGAUGGAGUUGGAGAAGAAGGGCAAGCAGCUGGAACGAGGCCAACCGGUUCAAGAGGUCGAGACGAGCAAGAAGGGCACGCCGAAGAAGGGCAAGUCGAAGAAGGGCAAGUCGAAGACGGGCAAGCAGGUUGAACGAGCCCAACCGGUUCAGGAGUGCGAAACGAGAAAGCACGGAACGCAGAGCAGGUCCAUACGCAAGGUUGCCCCGGUCGGGCAGGGCAAGCUGGCCGAACAGGCUCAGGGCGAACAGGCUGAGCCGGCUGACCUCAAUGCGAACCACCUCACGACCCACAUCUACCACGUCCUCCGUUCCACCCCACAAACGCACAUCCGACCUCCCGGGAGAAGCGUCUCGUUCCGCAGCUUCAUGCGGUCCGACCUGGAGAGAGCGGGUCUCACGCCAUCUGACUGCGACCCGUCGGACUCGGAACUCACAUACUCUGGUACGAACCAGAACGCGAGCCAGUGGGCGAAGGUGGUGAUGGACUCCGUGGGAGACAUGAGGGGAACUCUGGACGACCUGCGCAAGGACACUUGGCUCUCUGGCUUCGCCCUGUCGGACAAGUACAACUUUUUGUUCGAUGCGACGCACGUCUUGCACGAGAUCCUGGCUUGCAGCCACGUCGUCGAGGCCCUCCUUAGUCCCCAAGUUCUGGUCGACCUCCAGAUCAUGAAGGGUCUCACCGAAGACAAAAUGAACAGCACGGGAGCCACACCAAACAGCGCGGCCGACGCUAGAGCUACUGACGACAAGGGGCUAAGUUUAGUGCCAGAUGCAUUUGCCAACCCCGACGAGCCACCGGGGGACCGAUUCAGGCCGCAGACCACGAACGACCCGGUCGAGGUGAACGCGGUCUACGUGAAGGACAUCCCUUCGGAGUUCAAGCUGCCCCAGCACCCACACCUUCUCGGCAAACUCGAAGAGUUGUGGAAGAAGGCGUCCGCUACUCGCUCUCGCCUUCUCGGUCAUCCUGCGGACCCUCGGGAUUUUCUAUUUAUACUGGAACAGCCGUGGGACGAAGGGUCUAUCAAGGCGAAAGUGCAUGCAGAGGCCUUGCUUAUAACUUCCGCCCUGUUGGUGCACAGGGGGGCCAUUGAGGAGCGAUGA